AUGUUUGCCGCGCGAGCCAACCAAGAGAACGCGAUUCAUCAACCGCAAAACAUCAAAUCCCUCGCUCCAAAAACGCCCAGCGGCAAAACUCCAUUUCGAGGUGCAGGCAAGAAGGAUGGCGACGAGAAUGCCCUCCAACUCCCUGGAAAAGCUGGAGCUGGAGGCAAACCCGACCGUAAUGCCUUUGUGACGCCAGCCAACCCUCGCACCCGUGCUCCUCUCGGCAACAAAACCACAAACGUCAAAGCCGCUGCUCUCCAACCCACUGUCACGAAGCCUCCUCCAACCAACAGCGCCACCAAGCCCCGUCGUGCCCACCCGAAGAUCAUAGUUCAUGCUUCGACCACAGUCCCGGCCGAGGAGAAUGUUCUCGAGCGAGAGAUCGAAUACAUGCCACCUCGAGAAGUCCCCAUGAGAGACCAUGAACUGGAUGAUGAGAUAUUCCCCCAUGACCGCGAUCUGAGCUAUUUGCAAGGAAAGAACCUGACACGAGGAUGGUGGGCAGAGUAUGCGCCCGAGCCAAAGGAGGAUGAUGGAGAGUUGAGUGAUUUUGGUGAGAAGCUCAAGAAAGCGGAGAAGAAGAGAAAGGAGGCUGCUAUGGGCAGCGUCAAGGCGAGGAGUGCUGUCGGUGCACUUUCGAAGAGGACUACCACGGCUACUCCUGUUGGCAGUGUCGCUGGACGGGAGAGGAAGCCACUUGCUGGAAUGACGGCGGCAAGGGAGAGAAAAACAUCAACUACCGCGCUUGGAAARCCUUCUUCGAUGAGAGGUGGACCUGCACCUGGAAAUCCACGCUUCACGGCUGCAAGGGUGGCCUCCAACAGUACAAUCGGCUACUCCAAAGGUCGGGUCGUCUCGCGCCCUAGACUCCCAUCCAUGGCGAAGCCAGAGGAGAGGAAGACGACGUUGGACGACUUGUUGACGGGAUUUGGAGACCUGAAUGUCGAUGAUGCCGAGGCGGAGGCAUUGGGUCUUGGUGGUCACAAUGGAGAAGAGAUUCAGGAUGAGAACGAAGAGGGUGAGGUCUUCCAGCUGGAGGCGUUGAGUGAGGACGUUUGA